GCAGUUGACGCUUCUCCCCCCUGUCCUAGCACGCAUGUUCCCUGUAGUUUCCUGGAUUCCUUGACAGUCCCUGCUUUUACGUUACCGGAGUGAAUUCGUGUCGACUGCCCAGAGUCCGCGAAUUCAGGUCCGUCCAAAUUUUGGGAAACCAUAUCCAAAUCAAAUACCACGCAUCGUAUCAAGGGCAUCGCACAGCUCUACUCGAGGAAAUAAUCUGGUCGCUAUGUCUCUGCAUCAGUUUCUCUUGGAGCCAAUCACCUGUCAUGCUUGGAAUCGGGACCGAACUCAAAUUGCCAUCAGCCCCAAUAAUCAUGAAGUCCACAUUUAUAAGAAGAGUGGAAACCAGUGGGUGAAAGCCCAUGAACUGAAGGAGCACAACGGACACAUCACAGGCAUUGACUGGGCACCUAAAAGUGACCGCAUUGUGACCUGUGGUGCUGACCGGAAUGCCUAUGUGUGGAGCCAGAAGGACGGGGUCUGGAAGCCUACCCUUGUCAUCCUUAGGAUCAACCGGGCCGCCACGUUCGUGAAGUGGUCUCCACUCGAGAACAAGUUUGCCGUCGGCAGCGGCGCUCGGCUCAUCUCUGUGUGCUACUUUGAGUCUGAAAAUGACUGGUGGGUUAGCAAGCACAUCAAGAAGCCGAUCCGCUCCACUGUUCUGAGUUUAGACUGGCACCCAAACAAUGUACUUCUGGCGGCUGGGUCAUGUGAUUUUAAAUGCAGGGUGUUCUCGGCCUACAUCAAAGAGGUGGACGAGAAGCCAGCUCCCACCCCGUGGGGCUCCAAGAUGCCUUUCGGGCAGGUGAUGGCAGAGUUUGGCGGUGCCGGCAGUGGAGGGUGGGUCCACAGUGUCUGCUUCUCUGCCAGCGGGAACCGCCUGGCCUGGGUCAGCCACGACAGCACCGUGACCGUGGUGGACCCCACCAAAAGCUCCACGCCUUGCCAGCUGAAGACGGAAUUCCUCGCUCUUCUGAGUGUGAUAUUCGUGUCAGAGAACAGCAUUGUGGCAGCAGGUCACGAUUGCUGCCCCAUGCUCUUCGGCUGCGACGACAGCGGGAGCCUGACCUUCGUCUCGAAGUUAGACAUUCCAAAGCAGAGCAUCCAGCGCAACAUCUCCGCCAUGGAGCGCUUCCGCAAUAUGGACAAGAGGGCCACCACCGAGGACCGCAACACCACCCUGGAGACGCUGCACCAGAACAGCAUCACCCAAGUGUCUAUAUAUGAAGGAGACAAAAGAGAUUGUCGUAAAUUCUGCACUACAGGAAUUGACGGAGCAAUGACCAUAUGGGAUUUUAAGACUCUAGAGUCUUCUAUCCAAGGGCUGCGGAUCAUGUAAAGGAAAUCGAAGCGAGCUAGCAGGACAAGGCUCUCCAGCAGCGGGGCUUGACGACUAACAAGACGAUUUGUGACAACACUACAGAAAGUUUAACUAAACAAAAGCACUGAAUGAUAGCGGGGACUGACAUGUGACUUCAUUGUAUAUUUAAAAAAACAUGGAAAACACAAAUGGGAAUGGGGGUUUGGGAUGCGGUUUUUACCUUCAGCUGUGAUGUUCUUGAAUCUAUGCCAAAAGUGGUACCCCAGUGGUGUGAUAGUGGGUCAAGGCGUUCUGCCCCUCUGGAGGCAUUGUAGAGCAGUAACUUAAAAGGGGAAUUUUAUGUAAAUGGUCUGCUAGAAAUAAAUGAAGUGUACUA